GAGGUAGGUGAUGUGUCAUUGACGUGGAGGCACCCGGGCUGACAGUCAGUGGUUCCUCUGCUCGCGUCUCCAUCACACGGGAAUCUCGAAUGUGUAAAACAAACACGCAGCUUCGGGCAUCUCUGAAAGCCGCAAAAAGACGCGGACGCGAGACACUCCCCGCCCAUGCCUCCUUGGAACUCCGCCAGAAGGAUGAACGAUUACCCACACAAUAGCAAUAAUAAUUAUUAAAACAAAACACCGCUCAGUAUGGCUUUUCCCGGAACGCCAAUUACUGCGGCGAGGCGAGACGCCGACUGGAUCAUCUCCGCACCAUCAUCGCCAUCAUCGAUGUCAUCCGCGGUGGCCACCGGCUCCCAAGGCGAUGGCCUGGCCACGAUGGGCAGCGGCCUGGCGACGUUCGACCUCCUCUUCGCCACCGCCACCACCACCACCACCAGCGAGCGCGCGGGCCUGUGGGGCAGUGCGGUGGAGGUUGGUGUCAACCACAGCGCGGGCCUCCACAACUUGAGCGGGCAGCAGCACCAGCACCACCUUGGCCUCUUGGCAGCGGACAACAACAGCGGCGGCGUGGUGGUGAGAGGGAGCGUCGCGGGUGGAGGAGUCGUCGGCGCGGACGCGUUCCUGUGGCACGCGCUGCCCAUGCUCGCCGUGAUCGCGUGGACCAUCGGAGGGAACAUUCUCGUCAUCCUGGCGGUGGGGCUCGAGAGGAAACUUCAAAACGUCACCAACUACUUCCUCAUGUCGCUGGCGAUCGCCGAUCUUCUCGUCGGCGUCCUCGUGAUGCCCAUCGCGCUGCUCACGAUCCUCUUCAAUUCCCGCUGGUGUCUGCCUGAGCAGCUGUGCCCCAUCUGGCUCUACCUGGACGUCCUCCUGUCCACCGCCUCGAUCUUGCACCUGUGCGCCAUCUCCAUUGAUCGCUACAUCGCCAUCAAGCGGCCCAUCCAGCACAGUCGCUUCAACUCGAAGUCCAAGAUGCUCAUCAAGAUCCUGGCCGUCUGGGCCGUGUCCAUCGGCAUCUCGAUGCCGAUCCCCGUGAUCGGCCUGCGCGACUCGAGCACCGUGCUCGUGGCCAGCGCGUGCUCCCUGGGCAUCGACGCCUUCCGCAGCUUCAUCAUCUACGGCUCCCUGUGCGCCUUCUUCGUGCCGCUCGUCAUCAUGAUGGUCACCUUCUUGCUCACGACGCGCGUGCUGCGUCACAAGGCGAUGCUCUGCGACGCGGGCGUCUCCCCGUGGCGCGGCAUGGAGCGGCGCUCGGCCUCCGCGCAGACGAGGGUCGCGUCCGCGGCGGGCCGGGCAUCGUCGGCGGCGGCGCAGCACCGCGGGGCGCCGGCGCUGUCGCGGCAGCGGGCACGCAUGCGGCGCAACGCCGUGGGCAAGCAGUCGAUGGCGAGCAUCACGAACGAGCAGCGCGCCACCAAGGUGCUGGGCAUCGUCUUCGUGCUGUUCGUGGUCAUGUGGUGCCCGUUCUUCAUCACCAACGUGCUCUCGGUGCUGUGCCGGCGCGGGUGCAGCGCGCAGCUCACCGAGACGCUGCUCGGCGUCUUCGUGUGGGUGGGCUACGUCUCGUCGGGCGUCAACCCCCUCGUCUACACGCUCUUCAACCGCGCCUUCCGGCAGGCGUUCCGCCGCUACAUCGCCUGCGACUACCGGCGCCCGCGUGCCGAGUGCUCGGCGCGGGGCGUGCUGCUGCUGCACUGCUGCGAGGGCGGAAGCGGCGGCGCCAACGCAAGCAGCGGACGCAGCAGCGGAGGCGGCGGCGGCGGCGGCAGCAGCCACAGGUUCCCGGCGAAUCAGCUGCUGGGCUGCUCCCACCUGUCACUCACGAACGGAGUCAAGGUGCGGUGUGGCGGUGGCGGCGGUGGUGGCGGUGAGUCGCCGCUCCGGCCAAUCGGCGGCGUGCGGAGUUUGAGGGAGCGCAGGGAUUUGAGUCCGCUCAAGUGCGCGCUGAGCCACAUGUCCGAGGUGUGAUGGAUGCUCGAUGGACACGACGAGACCCCCGUGGGUGGUGGGGGGGGAAUACGAGCGGAGUGAGCCACGAGGUAGAGACGAGCGGAGUGAGCCACAGGGGAGAGACGGAGUGAGCCACGAGGGAGAGACGAGCGGAGUGAGCCACAGGGGAGAGACGUGAGGCUGUGAGCCACAGGGGAGAGACGAGCGGAGUGAGCCACGAGUGAGCCACAGGGGAGAGACGGAGUGAGCCACAGGGGAGAGACGAGUGGAGUGAGCCACGAGGUAGAGACGAGCGGAGUGAGCCACGAGGGAGAGACGGAGUGAGCCACGAGGGAGAGACGUGAGGCUGUGUGCCUCAUUUGCCAACGCGGCCACCGCGACUCUGGUUACAAUGACCUCAGGUGGGCACGAAGGCCCCCCCACUGCGAAACGUCGUCGGAAGAUGGAGCGGCGAGGCGAGAUCGUGGCAGCUACCUGCUGGUUGGAUCGUAGCGUCCAGAAAUUGUCAGGGGCGACUUUGGAAGGCGUCCAUCCAGCAGUGGAUCACGGCCUUCGGUGGUGGUGGUGAUAAUGAUGCAAGCAUCUUAUCCGUACCAGAGGAGAACUAUUGCCGACCUGCCAAGACGAUUUUAUAUUUAGAUGCAUCUUAGCGCGCUCAGUCCACCUGUUGCUCACAUUCAAGGAGUUUGGAGCGCAUCCAGUCGGAGCGCGAACACAAAGCGUCGCGUCCGGUCACGUGCCGCGAACGCGCACGCGCGCGUCACGUGCGGCGAACGCGCACGUGACGCGCGUGCGUACUUCACCGGCACUCACACAGGGUUUUGUACGCGAGGCGACUCUGUAUCGAGGAUUUGCCGGUGUUACACCCCCCUCCACCCCCACCCCCCAUCCCCCCCUCAGCCCCCACCUCCUCGUCUCCCCGUCCCUUCUGGGCAUUCACAAACAACUCCAAAACGUCGUCUGCGUCCGCCGCCGUCCGGAUGUCGCGUUGGCUAGCCGAGCUGUUGGCGAUCAUCCACGGAUCCGAGUGAAGCCAUCUCGCUCGAGGUGGGCGCAAUGAGGGGGAGGGUGCACGGGGGUGGGAGGAGGAGGGGGGCUGGGUGGGUGGGCACGCAACGGCGAGAAAAUCUCCUCCGGGCAGAAAGGUAAGAGAGAGAGGAGACUGAGCCAGCCUGGGCACCGUGGGAGCGACGCGGCCGCUCCACCGCCAGUCGAAUCGAGAGCGAGGCCGCUGCCGCCGCCGCCGCCGCCGAGGCGAAUGCGCUGCUUGGGCGCGCGGUGCGGCCCAGCAAGAAGAGGAGGAGGAGGAGGUGGAGGAGGAGGUGGAUAGCGCGACGAGCGCGUUCGGGUUGUCAGGCGACAGCGCUUUACCUCCUCACCACCCACCCCUCACCCUCCUCCUCCACACCUCCUCCCACCCCCCUCCGCCAUACCCCCCCCUCCUC